AUGGGGGAUAGAGAUAAUUACCGACCUCUGCCGACUGGGCCCAGAGGCAGGGGUCGCGAGCCAUAUUCCCCACCGCCAGGUCGUCGCCCGAGCUGGGAUACGAGCCGUGACCGUGAUAGAAGCAUUCCAGAGCGCGACUUUGGUAAAGAGCGCUAUCCCGGUAGGGAGAAUAGUAGGGAUCGGGGCAGGGACCGAGACCGCGCAGACUGGGAUCUACGAUCUAGGAAGCUUAGCUUUGAGGACAGCAUGGCCCGUUCUAGACCUGCUCUAGGUCGAGGUGGAACCGGAGGACACGAACCGCCUCUCCGGCGCCAUGCCUCGACCACAUCGCAGAAUCUCCCAGCAAAACCUCCUUCGGCCUUCGUCAGGGUUUCAGGGCUCAAGGCAGGCAGUGCUCAAGAUCUCGAUCCAUUUGACAAAUUUGCCGAGCUUCUGGCUGGCAGGGUGGCAUUGAAACUCAAGGUACAGGCCUCUGAGCAGACUCUGGCAACCCGAAAGAGUGAUCUGGCCAAGCAUAUGCGCAAGGCUCCGGGAAUGGCCGGAGCCGCCGAGGUGCUCAAAUUCAGUGUCCAGAAGGGAGAAACGGAUCUCCGUGAUCUCGACAGAGAUUACAAAGAGAUGGCCGCAGACCAACAUAGGGUACUCGGAGACCUAAUGACCACUAUGCUCAACAAGCUUUCUCGCUCCUCGUCACCACAACCAUCCCUGAAAUCCUCGACCACCAGCAGCACCGCCACGGCCCCCGCGGUUGACGGCGGUGACCUUCGUAGUCUCGCCAGUCGUGUAGACACACUUACCAAGACGAUGACAGACAAUAACCAAGCCACCCAGAAGCAAAUGCAAAAUCUUCAGUCGCAGCUUCAGAGCCUGUCCAGCGAGCACGAGAGCCUCAAGAGCAAUUAUGCAAAGCUUGUCGAUGACAAACAGAAAAUCGCCACAGAGCGCGAGGCCAUGAAAUCAGAAAUCCAAUCACUACGCGCCAGGGAAAAGGAACCCAGCCCCGCUGAGAAGACGCCUAUGGCUGAAUACCAAGAACUCGACCGUAUGCAGCGGAAGCUGAACGAAGACGUCUCUCAGCUGCAAACCGCCAUGAGGCAAUUAGACAUGGAUCAUCAAAGAAGCGUGACAGAGGCCAGGGACCUUCGUUCACGGAUGGCUGUGGAGGAAAAUCGCGGCAAGAUGGACCACGCUUACUUGAAGGACCGCCUUGAUAAACUUGAGAGAAUCACCGAAAAGCUAGAUUUGACAUGCAAUGAUACCGGAAGCCGGCUGUCUAGGGUAGCGGGCGCUGUUAGUACCGCCAUUUCAGCAGUCUCGGAUCUAGAAACCGCAAACAGAGCCCGGAUUGCGUCUGCUUCACCCAGUUCGGCGUUGCCGCCCAACUUUAUGGAAGUCUCCAAGGCGGUUCGUGAGUUAGAGGCCAAGGUCAAUACUCAUGAAGAGAGACUGCGCAGCUUCAAGCCAACACCACCAGCAGACUUGUCGGGAAUCACCGAGGCCCUCUCCGAGCUAAAUGCCAAGGUCAACACGUACGGAAGCAGACUACAAGACUUAAGCUCAACGCUGUCCUCACAGGAAACCCAGGCCGCGCAGCCAUCGCAGGCAGCAGACUUGGCGGAAAUCACUGAGGCUCUUCGUGACCUACAAGCCACGGUUAAGAUCCAUAAGGAAAAGUUGGGCGCAUUCGACCCUGGCGAGUUUGACGAUCUUUUCUGGGAGAUGGACAGUGCCUUGCCUAACAUUCGGACAAAAAUAUCUCUUCUCGAAAAGGAAGACGAAAACGUCAACAAGCGCCUCAGUGCCCUUGAAGAGAAUCGCGCGUCACCUUCGGUAGACGUCGACGCCGUUGCAGACAAAGUAAAGGUCGAAGUGGCCCCCGAAAUUGCCAAGUCCGUUCAGCUCUCUGCGAACCUCAAAGCCGCGCAGGACGCCAUGAUCCAGAUGGUGGGCGGCUGGGUCGACGAUUUGCGAAAACGACUCGACGCUGUCGAGGGUAGAGCAGCCCCGGAGAGCCAAGCUAGCAUUAAUAGAAACACGCCGGCCGAGACGGGAACGACGAUCACGGAGGUCCGGGCUCUCCAAUGCCGUCAGGGCGAAUCACUCAAGGUCCUCGACGCCAAGACCAACAACCUCGCCCGCCGCGCUGAUGAGACGGCGCAGUUGAACACGCAACUCGUGGUCAAGCUCGGUGCUGUCGAGGCGCAAGCCGACUCAACUCAGAAGGAAGCCAUGGAACUUCGGAACAGACUAGACACCAUUGAGGCUCAAAUCAAGGAUAUUAGAGUUGCGGCGGACGAUGUUAAGAACAAAAUUGACGGAGUCGCGAGGACCAUCAGGACCGGCGCCAGCUCUGUCGCAGCGGGUGGCCAAUCUGCCGUGCCGGACGCUGCCUCAAUCGAGUCGAUACGCCAAGUCACCGACCGAAUGCAGACUUUGGAGAAGAAUAACUGGACUUCCCUGAGCCAGUUGAUGACGCAGGUGAACGGCCUCCAGCAAUUCUGCGAAUCACUGCAUGCCCAGUACAGAAACAUUAAUACGCAGUCACUCUACGAAGCAAUUGUUAACACCAUGAGCUUCGAUCUGCCCGGCGGCGCCACCAACACUCUCCAGCGCCAUAGCGUUCAGAUCCGGGAUAUUCUCGCCCGGCUGGGUGCCACUGAGGAGAGAGAGGCCAAGAGAAGGCGAGUUGUUUCUCAGCCUCCCACUGCGCCACCUCCCGUGAGAACACCGCCCGUGGCUACCUCCACACCAACACAGAGCCCCGCCCUUCAAGUACAAAAUCUUAUCUCUGGAAGAAUGCCUCAGCCUGCCAACGGACCACCCAUGCCUUCUGCUUUUGCUCGGCCGCCUCAGCCAGCUACCGGAAUGCAGCCGAAUAAUGCUGCUACAGCCAUGCUUUCUUCUCACGUCAGACCGCCUCAACCAGUCCCCGGAAUGUCUGUGCCUCACAAUGGGGGUGUACCCAUGCCUACCGCAGGCCCCAUGCCUCCUCACGGACGUUGA